AUGCCUCAAUACGAUCAAUUCACCGGCUUCCAGUCUGGCUCUGUCGAGAAAUGGACUCAAGUCCAAAAGAAACAGUUCAAUGUCAAACCCUUUGGAGAAUAUGAUGUUGAUGUCGAGGUGGAGUGCUGCGGCGUCUGCUCCAGCGACAUUCACUCCAUCAACGGCGGCUGGGGCAACUCGACAUUUCCUUUGACCGUCGGUCACGAAGUCGUCGGGAGAGUAGUCCGGGCUGGGCCCAAGGUCACGCUGAUGAAUCUCGGCGAUCGCGUCGGCAUUGGCGCGCAGAUUUGGUCGUGCCUCGAGUGCCACCAGUGCUGCAACGAGAAUGAGACCUAUUGCCCCGACUUGAUUGCUACCUACGGUCAUGCUUGGCCGCAGCAUCCUGGGCUGAUAUCGCAAGGUGGCUUUGCAUCGCACGUAAGAGCACAUGAACACUGGGUUUUUCCAAUACCUGCCGAAAUCCCGAGCCACCUCGCCGCGCCGAUGCUUUGUGCCGGCAUUACAUCCUACAGUCCUCUUGUCAGAUUUGGGGCAGGCCCUGGGAAAAAGGUCGGCAUCGUCGGGGUCGGCGGCCUUGGUCACUAUGGCAUACUCUUUAGUGCGGCGCUCGGAGCGGAGACAUGGGCCAUUGCUCGUACCAAUGCCAAAAAGGAGGACACGAUAAAGAUGGGAGCAAUUGGAUACCUUGCCACUUCCGAAAAGGAUUGGAAUGUGCCCCACAAGAUGACUUUCGACCUCAUCAUCAGCACCGCCAACAGUUUCGGCGAUGGUUCUGAUCUUGGUGCCUACCUCUCGCUUCUAAAUGUGCUUGGGAAAUGGGUAUCGGUCGGGAUGCCAGAGGAGGCCACGCUCACGAUCCGUCCGCAAGACCUUGCCGGCAAUGGCUGCUUUGUUGGCGCAACACACCUGGGUAGCCGCAAGGAGAUGCUGGAUAUGUUGCAGCUCGCAGUCAGCAAAAACAUCUCGUCAUGGGUGGAAACAGUUCCAAUCAAUGCCGAAAACCUCUCAAAGACGUUCAAAAGCUUGCACGAAAACUCGGGCGCAGUCCGCUAUCGAUAUUGUAUGACGGAAUACGACAAGGAGUUCAAGCAGUGA